CGGCGCGCGAUUAGCGGCGGGCCGCUUUGAUCAUGGAAAUCCAAUCAUAAAAUGUCCCCUCUUUUGAUUUUGUUCAUUAGUUCGCCGCCCUCUCGCUCCUCCCAUAUCAUCUGUGAUAAUAGCACCUUAUUUACGAUAACAACAUUGCUGUGAGAAGGCCAUAAGCAAUAGUCUCCGCCUCUGGCCUCUCAUUGGCGGUCGGCUUCGUUUGUCUAAUUACAUUUAGUCUGUUUUCCCCGCCACCGGCUCUCAAACCAGCUGAAUGCUUUGUGCGUGUGUAGAAAGGUAGCUUUCACUUUAGUCUCGGUUCUUGGACGCGAAAGAUCGUAUUGAACGCUGUGAUAUUCCAGUAGUGUUUUUACAAAAAAAAUUCAUCCUCGAUUUAUUACGAAAUGGCAACGGCUACUCUAGCAAGACCGGAGUAUUUUCCGUUUUCUCACGUAGGUAUUUCAUUUACGGGAUUUUCAGCGCCUUACGAAAGUCGCUAAAAGUUGCUAUUUGUGUGUAUUAUUUAUUAAAUCGGCAUAGCGUUUACAACCGCCUCGUUGCUGACUGUUUGUCGUUGUUAUUUUUUACAGGAAUAUCGCAAGCCUUCUCCGCUGGCUUUAUUGGCUGCUACUUGUAGUAGAAUCGGUCAGUCAGGUUCUCACCGCGACUACGAAUGUCACGGCAAGUUUUCCGCCGGUGUUCUGCCCGAGCUGAGCCAACAUGCAGUGAAUAUGAGCCAAAUUAUGAGCUGUCCCGGAGAGCGAAUGCUGCCUUUAACACCGCCAGCCGAAUCGCAUUUCUCUCCGUUUCAAGAAUUCUAUCUGUCUGCCUCCCCUAAGAGCCAUGUCCAUCAGAAUUUCGCCGUGUCUCACGGGAGUCCUUCGCAUGGACCCGUUUCCCCUUGCAUGGCUGCGGUACACGCUUGUCCUGGCUCGACAAGAAGUGGUCCCUUAUCGCUGAGCUGCACGGCGGCGUUUAAAACCGAGUGCAGCGACAUUGGAGGCCUUCACUGGUGGAGUGUUGAGCCAAAUAAAACUGUUGUACGCAGCUCGAUCUCCAGCGCAGUUCCGCCGAGUUUGUCCGUUGCGUCUACAAGCCACAUCUCGUCCAUGAGUUAUCAUGCAAACCCAGGCGCGAGUUAUCAUCUCACCAGCCCAUACAACGCUGCAUCGCUGCCUAAUCAAGUAACAGGGACUAGGAGAUGCAGACGGUGUCGUUGUCCUAACUGUCAACUCGCUGCCACAACCGGGAACACCACAAAGCGAAAGCAGCACGUUUGUCACAUUCCUGGUUGUGGGAAGGUCUACGGCAAGACGUCUCAUCUAAAGGCUCAUCUUCGCUGGCACACAGGCGAAAGGCCGUUCGUUUGUAACUGGUUAUUUUGCGGCAAGAGCUUCACGCGAUCUGACGAGCUACAACGGCAUCUGAGAACGCACACUGGCGAGAAACGCUUCCAAUGCGCCGAGUGUGGCAAGCGCUUUAUGCGUAGCGAUCAUCUCAGAAAACACCAAAAGACCCAUCAAAAUAAUGUCAAGAAAAGCGUUGAUAAAACAGAGGAAGAUCACAUCAAAGUGGAACCCGAUGUAAAGGACAUUUCUAUAGAACUCAAUAUUGAUGUACAAGAGGGCGAAAGGCUAGCUCAGUUGAGUAGUGUACUCGCCUUGACACCGAAACAGGAUGAAAACGACAAAAUGGACGUUCAAAAUGUUGAUACUUUUAUCAACGUGGAGCACUAACUGACAAUGAAACGGCCAUGACCGAGAAC